GCCGCGGCUGCUCUUCCCGGCUCCCAGAGGCCCGGAUUGGGACAAAGGGGCGGGCGCAAUCUGCAUGCGCACGCACGCUCUGAUCUCGAUGGACCAAAAUGGUGCCGGUGGAGCACGUUGUAGCCGAUGCAGGGGCUUUCCUGCGGGACGCGGCUCUGCAGGACAUCGGGAAGAACAUCUACACCAUUCGGGAUGUGGUCAGCGAGAUUCGGGAUAAGGCCACGCGCAGGCGGCUCGCAGUCCUGCCCUACGAGCUGCGUUUCAGGGAGCCUUUACCGGAAUACGUGCGGCUGGUGACUGAGUUUUCAAAGAAAACUGGAGACUAUCCCAGCCUCUCUGCCACAGAUAUCCAAGUACUGGCACUUACUUACCAGCUGGAAGCAGAGUUUGUUGGGGUGUCUCACCUAAAACAAGAACCAGAAAAGGUUAAAGUGAGUUCAUCGAUUCAGCACCCAGAAACUCCUCUACACGUUUCUGGUUUCCAUCUGCCCUCAAAGCCUAAACCUGUGCGAGGAACAGUAGAACAUGGCCACCCAGUCGGUGAGCCUGAGGACCUAGAAUUCAGUUCCUUUGUGUUCUGGAGAAAUCCUUUGCCUAAUAUUGAUCAUGAACUGCAGGAGCUGCUGAUUGACAAAGGUGAGGCUAUUCCGAGUGAGGAAGAGAACGAAGAGAAUGGAUUUGAAGAAAGGAAGGACCAAGACAGUGAUGAUGACGGGGGUGGGUGGAUAACCCCCAGCAACAUCAAGCAGGUCCAGCAGGAGAUGAAGCAGUGCACCAUCCCGAAGGAUGUGCGGGUCGGCUGUGUGACUACAGACUUCGCCAUGCAGAACGUCCUGCUCCAGAUGGGGCUGCAUGUGCUGGCCGUGAAUGGCAUGCUGAUCCGCGAGGCCCGGAGCUACAUCUUGCGCUGCCACGGCUGUUUCAAGACAACAUCUGACAUGAGCAGAGUGUUCUGUGCACAGUGUGGAAACAAGACACUGAAGAAGGUGUCUGUGACCGUCAGUGAUGAUGGAACUCUGCACAUGCACUUUUCCCGCAACCCUAAGGUGCUGAAUCCUCGGGGCCUCCGGUAUUCCCUCCCCACUCCCAAAGGGGGCAAGUACGCCAUCAACCCCCACCUGACCGAGGACCAGCGCUUCCCUCAGCUGCGACUCUCCCGAAAGGCCAGGCAGAAAACUGACGUGUUUGCCCCUGACUACAUAGCUGGGGUGUCUCCCUUUGCAGAGAAUGACAUCUCCAGCCGGUCAGCUACCUUGCAGGUCCGAGACAGCACCUUGGGAGCCGGCAGGAGACGGUUAAAUCCCAAUGCUUCCAGAAUGAAGUUUGUGAAGAAAAGGUGAAGCGUGAGCUCCACAGGCAAGCUGGACUGAUGCUGUGACUGCCCAGGAGACCUAUGUCUCAGGUCCCCAGCUGUGCCAACUCCACAACCACUUGGACACAAGAGGCCCGGCUUCCAUAGUGCUGCCUCAGGACUCACUGUGGUGCCUCGGGUUGGGUUUGUGGUGGAACCCGCCAUCCCUUGGCCUGUGUGCAUCCAGAGAGCCGGGAUUACUGCCAUGUUGAGGGGACUUUGAUUAAAACAGAACAGUGCCUGGAACAAAUCUUCAACUUUUAAAGAAGGGAACUUCCAAGUGAUAAUGUAUUUCUAAUAAAUAUAGUUGCAAGCUUCUGU